AUGCGUGAGAUUCAAUGGCUGAAGCGCAUUAUGAGUGAGCUGGGGGACGACCGCGAGUCAACGAAGGAGUGCGUUGCUGGCAACCAACAUGAGGCCGCGCACUCGGCAGUGGACGAGGACGACAGCGAACUCGUGCUUUUGCUACGUGCAAAGGCGGAUCCGACAGGCUGCGCCCGCGGUGUUCAGGCAGCGGAGCCUGAGGAGGACGAGGGAGACUACGAGCUGGACCAGUUGCUGCAACGAGCUCUGAUGCUACUGCGGCAACGAGACGAGCAGGGAUCAAAGGUGACUAAAGCUGAGGCGACAUCAGAGCAGGACGAUGACGACGACGAGCUUGACCGGCUGCUGAGGCGAGCGAUGCUGCUCUUCGUGGAGCGCCGCAGAUUGAGCGUGCCAUAUAGUGCAGUAACUGGUGCCGUGGAGGCUUCAGCGAAAGUGGCUAGUACGCCAGGGUCGCCGUCCAUGACUGACGGUGAAGACGAUGGAGAAGACGAUGAAGAAGAUGAUGAGCUUGAAGCGCUGCUGCGACGGGAAAUGGGAUUAUUGGGCCGUCGGUCGCGAGUGCUUGCUAGCAACCAGGAACCCGACGGAGAACUUGACGCCUCCACUCCAUUGGCCAAAGCUGCGACUCCGAUGGACUGGAGGAAGGUGUUGUGUUUGCAGCAACUGGACAAGCUCCAGCGAAAGCAGACGAAAAAGAAUGUGUCGGCUCAUAAGCGGCAACGUGAUGAAAAGCAGUAG